UCCUCCAGCAUUUUGUGUGUGUUGCUCAGGAUUUGCAGCACCUGCUGAUUUUUUCGUGUUUGUGAUACAGCAGACGGUCAGAGUAACUGCCGUAUUACGCCUGUCCCGCCCAGUCCAAGUGCCCAGACAGUAGCACUUCGCCCGGGACAUCCUGCUGUUAUUCAGCUGUUGUCUGUGGGCCGGACCCGCGGCUGCUCGCUCCCCGCCCUCACCUCCCCCGGAACGGACCUGUGACGAGGCAGGAAUCCCUCACUCCUCAGUUCUGCGUUUUUCGGGCGGCCCAACAACGCGGAAGCAGCGAGGAUUUUUCUCCACGGGAUUUCCAGGCGCUCCGGCUAUAAAACGCCAUGCGCGGCGAAGUUGGGGAGAGCGCAGCGGAGGAUGCAGCUAGGAGAGCGGCUCGGACUCCAGAGAGCGAUGUGGGCCGUGCAGCUUCUCAUGAUCGGACUCAUGUGGGUGAGUCUUGGACAGACGGCCCGACAGAGACGAGAGGGUCGCAACCAGUGUUUCAGCGCUGAGGAGUUGGAUGUCCCGGGCAAAAUGCUGCAGAAACUGCUGGUCAGGGCCAACGCGGGACACUUGCUCUCUGUCAGCCUAGUGGAACAGCUGGAGCGGCAGCGGAGGCGACAUGGACAUUGCCCCAAGAUGGGGCACCAGUCAACUCACAACCACAAAAUCAGUCACCGCUCCAUCUCUCCCUGGGAGUACAGAAUUAACUACGACGAGAACCGCGUCCCCUCGAAGCUGGCUUUCGCCGAGUGUCUAUGUGAAGGCUGCAUCGACGCCGAGAGCGGCGAGGAAACGCUGGCUCUGAACUCGGUGCUGCUCAAACAGACCAUGUUGGUUCUGCAGAGGCAAGCGUGCGUGGGGCACGACGAUCGCUACAGCUUUGAGCUGAAGUAUAUUGAAGUGCCGGUGGGCUGCACCUGUGUCCUGCCCCGGAGCCACUAGCCCCGUCCGGCUUCUUGCAGGGGCCUGACACAGCCGGCCGGCCGGCCGCAGCUUCUAGUGCAGCGCAAGUCUUCUGCUCAACAGGCCCCGGGUCCACCGCGCAGAGCAACCACCUCCCGAGUCAGUCCCCGGCCGCUCGGCCCACCGUGGCUGUGCUGUACACCAUCCCUUAUCCGGGAUGUUGUCUGGAUCGCCCCUGGGGCAGUGGCGUUGCUGUGGUUGUUCUGCAUGACAGGACCGUCCUGUGCUGAAUACAGUCCGUGUGUACUGGCAUCCUAUAGUCAUUGUGUGACUGUGCGUAUUUCACGUGUCUAUUGCCGAGUUUUAUUCGCGUUAUCUUAUUCCACCUUCUCUCUGUAACCGAGCAAAAUGUUUGUGUCCCAGUGGACAAUUUAUGUUUAUGAUCACAGUAUCGUCACACAGACCCUUGGCCCGUCGAGGCGCUGCUGUCGUCUCGUUUGACUCGCGUCCUGUUCUACACGAGGUGCGGCCACGGCCCGAGGACUUUCUGUGACUGUCUGUGACUUUAUUCCCGUUGUUAUACUUUACAUUAAAGUAUCGAGCCGAGAUUGCUCUCGGGGCUUAAUCGGUGCGGGUGGCGGUGUUACUGACUGUGAUCAAUAUCAGAUAUUGGGUUAAAUUUCCAUCCCUGGCCCUGGAAUUCUGGGUGUGUCCAGACAGGGAUGUAACCGGUGCUACAGAAAUGUGUCUCCCUGUUACACGUGCCCGGUGAGGUGGAGGUCGGACCUUGUUUUAGAGCGGGAGAUCCCUACCCACCGCCGCAACCCCUGGCGCCCCUCACCCCUUAGAAGGGUCAUGGAGAGUCCCACUCACAGCUGGGGAGGGGCAUGAGUUAGCGGCCUGGGGUAUCUAAUGCCAAACAGGG